AUGGACAUAGAUGCCAAAAGAGAGAAGAUCACACAGGAGAUUGAGGAACUGGAAAGGAUUCUGGAGCCCGGCUCAACAGGCAUCCAUGAAGAGUUCUCAGAAUCGAGUCUUGAUUCAGAUUCUGAAGCAGAUUCACUGCCUGCGGAGGACUUGGAGGCUGCUGGUGCCCUGAUCUCGGAGGAAGAGAGGUGGGGCGAGGCCAGCAAUGACGAGGAUGAUCCCAAGGACAGAGCACUCCCUGAGGACCCAGAGACCUGCCUGCAGCUGAACAUGGUCUACCAGGAGGUCCUCCAGGAGAGGCUGGCGGAGGUGGGCCUACUGCUGGCCCAAAACCGGGAGCAGCAGGAGGAAAUCACAUGGGACCUGGCGGGGUCCAAAGGCCCCAAGGUGAAGGAGAGCAAGAACCUGCCCCCUAACAUGUACAUAGGGCACUUCAUGAGGCCCUACUUCAAGGACAAGGUCACUGGAGUGGGACCUCCUGCCAACGAGGAUGCACGAGAGAAGGCCACCCAGGGCAUCAAAGGCUUCGAGGAGCUCCUUGUGACCAAGUGGAAAAGCUGGGAGAAGGCCUUGCUCAGGAAGUCUGUGGUGAGCGCCCGCCUACAGCGCUUGCUCCAGCCCAAGUUACUGAAGCUGGAGUACUUGCAGCAGAAGCAGAGCAGGGUCUCCAGUGAGCCAGAGAGGCAGGUUCUAGAGAAGCAGAUCAGGGAGGCCGAGAAGGAGGUCCAGGACAUCAGCCAGCUCCCAGAGGAGGCCUUGCUGGGAAACAGACUGGACAGCCAUGACUGGGAGAAGAUCUCCAAUGUGAACUUUGAAGGUGGCCGCCGUGCGGAGGACAUCCGGAAAUUCUGGCAGAACUCAGAGCACCCAAGCAUCAACAAGCAGGCCUGGAGUGAGGAGGAGGUGGCACGGCUGCAGGCCAUUGCAGCCACGCAUGGCCACCUGGAGUGGCAGAAGGUCGCAGAGGAGCUGGGGACUAGCCGCAGUGCCUUCCAGUGCCUACAGAAGUUCCAGCAGCACAACAAAGCCCUGAAGCGCAAAGAGUGGACGGAAGAGGAGGACCACAUGCUUACGCAGCUGGUGCAGGAGAUGCGCGUUGGGAGCCACAUUCCCUACCGCAAAAUUGUCUACUACAUGGAAGGGAGAGACUCCAUGCAGCUGAUCUAUCGCUGGACCAAGAGCUUGGAUCCUAGCCUGAAAAAGGGGCUCUGGGCUCCAGAGGAAGAUGCUAAGUUGCUUCAAGCCGUUGCCAAGUAUGGGGAGCAGUAUUGGUUUAAGAUCCGAGAAGAGGUGCCAGGUAGGAGUGAUGCCCAGUGCCGAGAUCGCUAUCUCAGAAGAUUGCAUUUCAGCUUGAAAAAGGGACGGUGGGAUUUAAAAGAAGAGGAACAGUUAACUGAACUAAUAAGAAAAUACGGUGCUGGUCACUGGGCAAAAAUAGCCUCGGAACUGCCCCAUCGAUCGGGCUCCCAGUGUCUGAGCAAGUGGAGAAUCAUGGCUGGGAAGAAGCAGAGUCUCCGGAGGAGACGGCGAAGACCCCGUCACAGCGUCCAGUGGAGCUCCAGCUCUAGCAGCAGCAGCAGUAGGGACAGCAGCGGGGACAGUAGCCGGGGUGGCAGUGGCAGCAGCAGCAGUGAUGAGGUGGAGCAGGAGCCGGCUUGGGAGGGCAGCACAGCGCUGCUAUCCCCACAGUAUAUGGUGCCGGACAUCGAUCUAUGGAUUCCUGCCAGGCAGAGUGCCAGCCAGCCACGGCGAGGAGGCACCAAGGCCUGGCUGGGAUGUCCUGCUGCCUCCCCCAGCCCUCCCGAGGGGGCCAGUGCCACUCAAGAGGGUGGCAAGGAAACUUCUACCCCAAACUUGGCUCCUAGGGAGAUUGCGAGCCAGGCACAAGCCCCCUCCGGGACCCACAGCGCCAUGCCAAAAGGUAUCCAGGACUCAUGCUUGGCGGACAUUCCUCCAGCGAGUUCCAAGGAGCCUGCCUUCCAGGAUGGGAAGCAUUCUCUGAAGGUGCCGCUGGAGACAGUGCUGAGGGUGCUGAGAACCAACACGGCCAUGCAGAGGCGCACGCUGAAGGAGAAACUGAAGAAGCUGCCCCUGCACAGCUCAUCCCUGGGGGCCAUUCCCAGUGAUAACGUGGCCCAGGCUCACGUGCGGCGGCUGUGGCAUGGCACCUUCCAGAAUGGGCAGCAGCACUGGAGACGUGCUCUGCAACGGAGGCUCCUUGACCGCAGGCUUCUGCUGGCCGUGACCCCCUGGGUGGGUGAUAUCACCCUGCCCUGCACGCAGGCUCCCCAGAGGCCCACCGCAAUGCAGACCCGAGCCGAUGGCCUCAGGGAGCAGUUGCAGCACACCCACCUGGCCAGCACUCCAGUGUUCACCCUGUUCAUCCAGCUGUUCCAGAUUGAUGCUGCUGGUUGCAUGGAGGUCGUCCGAGAGAGGAAGGCCCAGCUGCCUGGGCUGCUCCAGGCCGGGGCCCGGGACUCAGCCCUGCACCUUCUGCAGGCACCCUCAGGUGUCCAGAGCACCCCAGGCUGCCUCUCCCCUGAUGUGCCAGCUCGAGAAGCUACCAAGAGUACCCGCCAGAGAGGGAGCAGAGGGCUGGAGGCCAGCCGCACACACACCCCACCCCAGGCACUCCCACCAGCUCCACAUGGCCCCCGACCCAAACCCAAGACCGUGUCAGAACUGCUUCGAGAAAAACGUCUUCGAGAGGCUUGUGCCAGGAAGGCUGCCCAGGGCCCCACACUGCUGCCACCCCAGCUGCUGGUCUCCUCACCUGUGAUCCUCCCGCCGGCCCCCCAUGGGUCCUCAGCCCCAAGGCCUGCCAUCUCAGACACAGUGUGCUCCAGGUCCGGGGCCUCUGCAGCAGGUGGUUCCAGCACUGCUGGCUCCUGGCAAGAGCGUGGGACUUCAGCCCAGGAUGAGCGGCCCUCCACACAGCAGGCCUUGGCCCUCGUUCCUGCCUCCAUGGGGACUCAGGGCACAGCCCCUGAUGCCUCCAGAACCCCUGCCCUGAGCCCCAGCCAGGGCCCUGUGAGCUGCCCCUUGCGUGGUCCUGGACAGUCUCAGGCUCCGGCCACGGCCCGGAAGCAGGGCCUGCCUGAGGCGCUGCCCUUUCUCCCUGCAACCCCGAGCCCCACGCCACUGCCUGCUCGGCCCCUCAGCCUGACACACGGGAGCGGGCCACACGUGGCAGCCAGCGUCCCCCUGCCUGUCACCUGGGUGCUCACAGCCCAGGGGUUGCUCCCCGUGCCAACUAUGGUCGGCCUUCCCAGGCCAGCAGGGACCCCUGAGCCCACAGCACUACUGCUAACCCCAGUACUUCCCCCAGCAGACACUCGGGCAGCCAAGGGCCCCCAACAGAUCCUAGCCAGUACAGACGCGGGGCCAAACCCUUUCUCCAGGACAGACCCCUCAGCCUCACCCACACACUCCCCGUCCCAGAAUCCUGCAGAAGUGGAUUGUGAGGUGGCCUUUGUCCCUGGAGAGGCCCAGGGGGCCGGGGAGAGAUCCGGGCCCAGGACAUGCCACUCAGCUGAACACCCUGCGGCAUCUGAAAAGGGGGCCCUGGCCCUGGGCCUGCUCUCCCUGGAGAGUGAAGCAGCCACACGGGAGUGGCUGCGGGGACGGCAGGGGGUGUGUGUGCCCCCCCUGGGGAACAGGCUGCCCUACCAGCCCCCUUCCCUGUGCAGCCUGCGUGCACUCUCUGGCCUCCUGCUCCAUAAGAAGACUCUGGAGUGCAAGGCCGCCUCCCUGAGGGCUGAUGGGGUGGCCGGGGGCGAAGCCGAGCCCCAAGCAGGAUCCCUGCAGGCCUCACUUGCGCUGGCACGGUGGCAGCUGCGGGACAGCCCAGCCUACCUCCUGCUGAAGGCACGGUUUCUGGCAGCCUUCACCCUCCCUGCGCUCCUGGCCACCCUCCCUCCCCAUGGUGUCCCCACCACCCUUUCGGCAGCCACAAGGGUGGGCUCCGAGAGUGAGGGUGAAGACGAAGACCUCGCGGGCGAGCCAGGGCUUGCAGAUGGGGACGCGCAGCUGGGCUGCACAGUGGCCACAAGCCCCGUCCAGAGAGCCCUGGAUCCUGGCGAGGGCUCUGCUCCUUUCUGUUGGGGUGCUUCUGAGGAUCUUGACGCUGAUGACCUUGACGUGCUCAGAACCCGGCGCACCCGGCACAUCCGGAAGCGGAGACGGCUGGUGUGAACAGCAGGAUGGACUCCCCAGCCCAGACCCCACAGCUCCUGGCAAGAAGUGGGGCCCAUGCAUGGCCCACCCUGCAGGAGAGCGCACUCAGAAGGCAGAGAGCUGCUGGCCCGUGCCCAGCUUGUUCACAGUGGGCAAGAGAGGCCUGUAGACACCGCAUGGCACGGGGGCUCAGCUGGUCCCCAUGAGCAAAUCUGAAUAUCUGAGGGAAUAAAGUUCUAUUUUUUUACUGUAAA